AUGGCCGACGAGACUGCGCAGAUCGAGACAGCUCCGGCUGCUGAGCAGAUUGAUAAUGAGGCCGGUGCACUUGUCGCGACCAACACCGAGGUCGCGCCGCCGACGGGGAAGAAAGUCGUGAAGAAGAUUAUUCGAAAGAAGAGACGACCUGCGCGCGUACAAGUCGACCCAGAUACCAUCAGUUCGGAACCGCCGCCACAGACGGGAACAAUCUACAACAUCUACUACAACAAAUGGGCUGGAGGCGACAAGGACCAGCUCGUACAGACCAAGUCGAAGGGUCGCUGUAAUGUCGCAAAGGACAGCGGAUACACAGAGGCAGACGCGACGUCUGGGAGCUACUUCUGCCUCAUGUUCGCCAGAGGGUUGUGUAGCAGGGGGCCUUCUUGCUCGAAAUUACACAGGAUUCCCGGGGUUUUCGACAUCGUCCCUCCGAAUGUGGACUGCUUCGGCAGAGAUAAAUUUGCAGGCUACCGAGACGAUAUGGGAGGUGUGGGAUCUUUCAUGCGACAGAAUCGAACAGUAUACAUUGGUCGAAUACACGUUACGGAUGAUAUAGAGGAGGUUGUCGCCCGCCACUUUGCAGAAUGGGGACAAAUAGAGCGAACUCGUGUUUUAAACAGCCGUGGCGUGGCAUUUGUCACAUACACCAACGAAGCAAAUGCCGAAUUCGCAAAAGAGGCGAUGGCACACCAGUCGUUAGACCACGAUGAGAUUCUCAAUGUGAGAUGGGCGACUGCUGAUCCGAACCCCAUGGCUCAGGCACGAGAAGCUAGGAGAAUCGAGGAGCAGGCCGCCGAGGCAGUUCGACGUGCUCUCCCCGCGGAGUUUAUUGCCGAAAUUGAAGGGAAGGACCCAGAAGCGAGAAAACGGAGGAAGAUUGAGGGUAGCUAUGGGCUUGAGGGUUAUGAGGCUCCCGAUGAGGUUCACUUUGCCCGGGGAGCACAAGCAGUGAACCCAAAUGGACGAGAAGAACUCGAGUUGGAAUACCAGGAGCCGCUGGCGAUCGAGGAUGGCCCAGUCCAUGAGCAAAUGCUUGAUGCUCCUGUGUCAGCCCCUACAGAAUCAGGCGGAAUCCUCUCCGGCAACACUAUUGCGGCGUUGAAUAAGGCCAAGAUUUCGAUUGCAGCAAAGCCAAAAACCGCUUCAUCAGGGCCACUCGUGGCCUACGAUAGCGACAGCGAUGAUGAAUAG